GUGAACGUCAGCGUACUGACGUGGACGGCCGUAUCGGCGUGUUCCCGCGGCCCUUUUGACAGCUACUUCAAAAAAAUAACGUUCGCGCGUCUUUUGUUGACAUUUCCGAAAUCGGCGCGAAUUAAUCUGUCAAAUUUUUCGCCGCGUUCUGAUUUCGAACUGAGUGGGUGAGUUUGGAGAGCUUAGAAGUUGAAUGUGGACAGUUGCUGUGUAUUAAGUAACUAUCUGUUGGACGAGCUAAGAAGGUUUUAAUAAAGUGAUGAAUCAGCGAGCCUCCGACUAAUUAGCGUCGUUGCAGCCGCGAAAACAUAUUUAAGCAUCCCGAUAAUAAAACUUUUGCAAUCAUUUUGCCGUUGAGGAUCCCGGACGGCGCCAAGCUGUUUUACCCCUACUUGAAGACGUCCUCCCUACACAGGGACUUCCUGUUUGCAAGUGGCUCCGACGAGUCGGGAUGCGAGGCUGAUAUGUUGGAGGGCGCGGAGGCGGGUCGGCACUCGCCGCCCCGGCCGCAGCAAGAGCCCAUCAACCUCAAGAAUGAGCAGGCGGAAUCGGAUCGGGAGAGUGGCGCGAGUUCGCCGGAGGGGGGCACGACGCGGGCGCAAUUAGCUGAGCCGCGUACCCCCUCGCCAAGAACCAGGACACCGCACCACCAGCACAUGAAUGGCUCCAUGGCGUCGAUGUUCCAAAACCUGCAGAACCUCGCGAGCAUGCAACAGAACAUGCCUAUGUCGCAACAACUCCAGCAGCAGAUGUCCCAGCAGAUGUCGCAGCUGGCGGCAAAUCUCCAGGGUCUGGCGUCCAUGCCGUCGAAUCCGGUUAUCAACUCCCCUUUAAACUUGAGCGUCAGCGCCCCGGGAAUGGGCUCCCCGAGCCCCGUGAGCAACAACAAUAUGCUGCCACCAGCGAUGCCGUCUCCGAUGCCGCAGCUAAUACUCGCGUCAGGGCAACUGGUCCAAGGAAUCCAGGGUGCUCAACUACUCAUACCUACUUCGCAAGGAAUCGCAACCCAAACAAUCCUGACGAUACCAGUCAACCACGUCAACUCUAACGAUCAAAUGGUGAACCUAGCUCUAAACAACGGCCAAGUCGUCUCCACGUCCCUAGCCAAUCUCCAAGCGAUGGCCCAACCCCAUCAGCUACUCAACUCGAAUCCCCAACAAUCAUCAAACAUUCGACCCAACAUGCUGAAUCCAAGUUUAUCGAAUGCCCUACUCAACCCGGGCUUACCGAACUUCUUGUCUAACGGAGCGGCCAAUGCCCAAGAAUUGCUUCAAGCGUUACAACAACAGCAGCCUCAAGGGAACCACAGUUUGCUGCAGACGGUACAGCAGAACAAUAUGGCGCAGCAGAUGCAAGGCAGAAGAUCCUCUUCUCCAAGGCCUGAGAGGCAUUACAAAGAGAGGGAGAGCUACGAACGGUAUUCUAGUAGUGUUAGAGAGAGAAAUGAACGUGAGGGAGCAGCAGCCAUGAACAGUAUUAAUAGGCUUGCUGCGUCGAAUGGCGAGAUCACGAUCACGACGUCCCACAACGCGAGCGGCGCGACUAGCAGCGCCGGCAGCGGAACCGGGCCGAUUCCGUCGCCGCACGCACCCGUCAAACUAUCGCCGGGCUCGGUGAAGUCGCCAUCGCACGACGACGCCGAUCUGUUGGCAGACUCACCAAACCAGCCAACGAUCAGCCAGUCUUCCAGCAACGUAGUCGAUGGGAUCAACUUAGAAGACAUCAAGGAAUUCGCGAAGGCCUUCAAACUGCGACGACUUGGUCUGGGACUUACGCAGACCCAAGUAGGCCAAGCCCUGUCGGUCACCGAAGGACCAGCAUAUAGUCAAAGUGCGAUCUGCAGUGCCCUGGCUUCGCAGAUGCUAGCAGCUCAACUGUCUUCACAACAACAAAACAUAUUUGAGAAAUUGGAUAUAACACCAAAAAGUGCGCAGAAAAUCAAACCGGUGCUCGAACGUUGGAUGAAGGAAGCCGAGGAAAGGUACGCAUCCGGUCAAAAUCAUCUGACGGACUUCAUUGGAAUGGAGCCGAGCAAAAAGCGCAAACGGCGAACAUCGUUCACACCUCAGGCCCUAGAACUGCUCAACGCGCACUUCGAAAGGAACACCCAUCCAUCUGGCACUGAAAUAACCGGACUUGCCCAUCAGUUAGGCUACGAACGAGAGGUCAUCAGAAUAUGGUUUUGCAACAAGCGACAAGCUCUCAAGAACACUGUCCGGAUGAUGUCCAAAGGAAUGGUCUAAAUCAAAUUUAAUGUUUUAAUAAAACCUUUUCUUUUUGUAA